GGCGCUGUGUUGCUCUCCAGUCUUCAGCAUCAUCAUCGCCGCCGCCGCUACCGCGACCCGCUUCGGUUCCGGAGCCCGCGCUGGCUCGUUUCUGGAGCUCAGGAUGUUCCCGGAACUUAAUAACCUACUCAACACCACUCCCGACAGGCCGGAGCAGGGGCAGCUGACUCUCCUCUGUGAUGCCAGGACAGAUGGCAGUUUCCUUGUGCACCACUUUCUCUCCUUCUACCUCAAAGCUCAUAGCAAAGUCUGUUUCGUGGCCCUCGCCCAGUCCUUCAGUCACUACAAUAUUGUGGGACAGAAGUUGGGUGUCAGCCUGACCACGGCGCGGGAACGCGGGCAGCUUGUAGUUUUUGAGGGUCUCAAGUCAGCAGUGGACGUCCUCUUCCGGGCUCAGGGGGAAGAGCCACACCCUCUGCAGUUUCUCAGGGAGGCCACCACUGGGAGCCUGAAGCCAAUGUAUGAGUUUGUGCAGAAGUCACUGGAGCCAGAGGCUGAUGGGGACAGUGCGUGGAAGCAGCCUGUGUUGCUGGUGGAUGACCUCAGUGUGCUACUGAGUCUGGGCAUGGGGGCUGUGGCUGUGCUGGACUUCAUCCAUUACUGCAGAGCCAGUGUGUGCAGGCAGCUGAAGGGAAAUGUAGUGGCCCUUGUUCAUGACCAUGGCGAUGCCGAGGAUGAAGAGAACGACCUCCUUCUGAAUGGCCUUUGUCACCAGAGCCACCUGAUACUUCGAGCCGAGGGCCUGGCCACUGGCUUCUGCAAGGAUGUUCACGGGCAGCUGAGCAUCCUGUGGAGAAGACCAUCGCAAGCCCUAGCCCAGCAGGAUCAGAGCCUCACUUACCAGUACAAGAUACAGGACAAGAAUGUGUCCUUUUUUGCCAAAGGCAUGUCCCCUGCUGUUCUGUGACCUCUCUUAGAGACUGAUAAAACGGCCAUGACAAUCUGUUUGCAUAGGUAAAAGAUAAGCAGCUAAACGGAAGUAGAUCUUGGCAGGAUUCUGGUGAUAUUCCUGGCAGGGCUGGCAGCUCUGCAUGAGCUGCAAACGAUGCCUAUCUUCUCUGGAACCUGGUUAAAAGACACCAGAAGGACUCUGCUGUCCUGUUCCUGCAGAGAUUCAGCACUACAUGUUGAGCCCUGUGGAAGGGUCCUCGAACUCUGCCAUGCUUUGGCUCCUCGUGGCUGUCUUUGGGACUUGCUUUUCAGAGGCAGCACGGGGUUGACUGCGCUAGUCAGGAGUGACUCCUGAAUGGUGGGCAUCCAAGGUGAGAAGAGAG